AUGGACGAAAGAACAAAAAGGCAAAGCACUGCUAGUAAGUUCACCGGCGUCUGUUUCGCCCCAAUCAAUCAAUGGCACAGGGGCACAGAGAAGUCGAAUGAAACCCCAUCCUCUCCUCUUUUCAUAAGCCCCAUUACGUCAAUAUAUUCUUAUCCCACUCCGACUACAACUUCAUCGAAGAGUGGAGAAGCCAUGGUGCACAUGGCUGGAACAAAUCAGGAAAAUACACCAACUACGGAGGAUCGUGCAAAUGAAAUGGCAGACGCACAAAGAGCACUAAUGGAAGAAUACAGAAAUCUCAGAGAAGCCUUGACAACUCUUGCACACAAUAUUGCCCGAAUGGCAACACCCCUAGUGACUGAUAAUGUGAAUGAAAGAGAGCAACACCCUGAAGGAUCGCAGCUAUCGAGGACAGGGUCACAUGGAUCUGUUCCCAUGACAAGAAUGGUGACACAGGAAGAAGUACGACAGGUCGUUGAAGAGGCGGUUAGGUUAGAGAAAGAACGUGAGGGUACAGGAAGAUUUAGAUAUCGUACACCAUACCCAAGAGAAGUGGAGGAUAUCCCUUUCCUGAACAAUUUUAAACAUCCGGACUUUCAGAAGUUCAACGAGGAUGGAUCGCCAGAAGAACACCUGAUGCACUUCAUCACCAGUAUGGGGAAUUUCUCCACAGUACCCCAAUACUGUCUCCGAUUAUUUGGGUCUUCUCUAACGAAUAAAGCGUUCAGGUGGUAUGCUAGCUUAACGCCUGGGUCGAUAAGAACAUGGGAGCAGAUGCAAGACGCGUUCAUGUCAAAUUUCUUCUCAUCAGAACGUGAUGUCAGUAUCACGGAACUAGCUUCAGUGUGA